GGCUGUGCAGGGUCCGUUUGGAAGUAAAUUUGAUCGAAUUAAAAAAAGCGGAGGAUACCGAGGUCAUGUGAUAAAGGACCGGGGUCAUGUGCAGCAAUUUCCAAGAAUUUUAUUAUCUUAAUCCGCUUUCGGUUUCAGUUGUUGUGGGGCUAAAACAGACUAAAUGCAACCUUAUAGCGACAGCUGAGGAGUGUGAUGCCCGUAAUGAAAAAUAUUGAUGCAAGUUGCUGGCGAUUCCUGGAAUUGCAGAAUUAGAGUUUUAGCUCCUGAUCGAGACAGAAGAAUGAAAAGCAUCCCGGCAGCAGUGGAAAUCUGUCCCUACUGUAAAAAACCGUUUAAGCGUCUCAAGUCCCACUUGCCCCAUUGUAAGAUGGCAGGAGAUGCAUCGUUUGCUGUGCACUCUACUGAAAUUUCUGCUCCUGUCCCAGUGACUGGUAGUUCUGUCUCACCAGAAUGUCUGGAUACUAAGAAGAAAGGGCAGAACAAAAGUACUGAAAUGGCCUCCAAAAAAGAAAAUAAGAAAAGCAAACCUAAGCUGAUAGGGAAUGAAAGAAAAGUAAAAUUGGAUUCUGUAGAACCAAUAGUUGUGGCACCUGUUGGCAAUCUGCUUGCAGCAAGACCAGAUGAAGAUAUACAACAGCAAAUUAAACAUUCCACCAAAAAGUCGCAGAAAAGAGAAAAUGGCACACCAAGAGCCCCAGGAGAAGACCUAGCACAUACACAGGCAGCUGAGAAAGAACUUUCAAAAACAAUGCUUUUGAAAAAGUCUCCCAGAGUACAGAAAAGUAGAAGCAGAAUUACCUUUGAUGAAGAUAAAUUUGCAUCUGCUGUCAUUCAAGAACCAUUGAUUCACAGUGGUAAAGCCACUUCUAGAUCUCCUGGCCAGUUAAUUAAAAAACCAUCUGCAAAACAGAGACAAGCUAAGGAUUCUUCUGUUCAACAUAUCCCAUUAAAUGAAGCUGCCAUUGUCAACCAGAAGAUGAGACACCAGCCUGUGGAAUCAUUGCCAGCCAGUGCUGAUAUCUCAUUGGCCACUGAGAAGCAAAUUAUCACAGGAACAGAGGACAGAGUUUUAAGUCUUGAGUUUGAAGGGAACACCUGGACUGGAAAGACAGAAAAUGCUGUGACUACAGUUAAAGCUUCUGAUGAGUGUUUUCUGAACACCUACAGAACGGUUGCCAAUGUUCCUGUUCAGCUGGCUGCAGGAGUAAAAAGUAUGAUGGACAAAAAUCAGUUAUCAGUUGUUUCUCAUGAAGAGUCUCUGGUUUAUCACAGUCCUAAAACAAAUCCCUACCCCACAAUACUUCAAAGAAGAAGCAAUGAUGAAAUACGUAACUGUGACCUAACUUGUUUAGAAAAUGACAUUGCUUUAGAUUCUGGGAUCAUUGUGAUAACCAGAGGCAACAGCUCAGGGACAUCUUUGAAACCGCCCUCAGUUCAUAUGUUAGAAAUGACUGCUGCAGAAAGGUUAUCAUCGCCCAAGAGAGGCUUACAGCCAGGUUCUUUGGGACUGGAGUGGUUUCCAGAACUGUAUCUUAAUUAUCAGAACUUAUUUUCAGGGAAGCAGAAACAACAGGACACCAGAAUCCCAACAACCCAGGUCAUUCUCCCAUAUGAAGACCGGCAAGUUCCGCUGGCAGAAAGGUGCCUGAUGGAUGUAAAGCUCCAAGAUUUGCCUGCUUGGCUGGCUACGCGCAACCCGUCUCCAGGGGGGAUGCUAAGAGCGACAUGCAGAGCCUGGAAUGGAUAUUACAACCGAUACAUCAAUGUGAAAAAGGGUGGAGUGGCUGGGAUCUCGAUGCUCCUGCUUGGCUACUGUGUCCUCAGCUAUACCUGGAGCUACGAACACAUUAAACAGAAUCGCUGGCGCAAAUACCAUUGAUGAGGGCAAAAGAAUGUGAGACGGAAGGCAUGGUGCAUUCAGACUGACCGUGCAUGUUGCUGGGGGUUGUUCCAGCUGCAACAAGGGAUGCUGAAGAAUGCUGCGGGGCGGCUUUCUUAUUAAGACAUACACAUUCACUAUUUAUAUUUAGUAACUACUUCAGCACCCUUGGACACUGUAGAAAAGUAGGAAAGUUGUCACUCAUGGCAUGUUGGCUUGAG